CCGACCAAACGAACGGCGCGCGCCCGGCCCGCCAGUCAUCGAGCGGCGGUCUUGGAAGAUGCUAUCGAAGAGAAACAAAAUAUUGCUAACGUUGUAGAUCUGACAUGCGCGUAGUUAUUCAUAAAUUGUGAAUAAAAACAAACGAACCAAUUGGAUUUCAGUGAUCGAACAAAGUGACAGUGCAGUGUUGACAUUAGAUCGGCUGCAAGUUCGCUUAUUCCGCGUAUCAUUUUAACCGUUUGGUGCAGUGUUUAUGUUGGGUGCGCGCCGCCCGUUUCGUCCGGCGUGCUGGAGGGACGUCGCCCUCGAGGAUUCCUAUUAGAGAUGAAGCGGCGGGUGGUGUUGCGAGCGGCGGCGAGGUGAGGCAGCGGCAGCGGCAUGGACCAUGCGGUGAAGGCGAUGUCGGCGCGCGGGCCGCUGUCCCGGCUGGUGGCGCGGCGCCGCUUCGAGUCCGCCGAGCUCGAGGAGCUGUAGCGCUAUGCAUGCAAGCUGCAGCGUACCUCCGUCGGCUCCGCGCUGGCGCUGUGGGCGCUGCUCGCAGCUGCGCUCGCCGCCGUCGACGCUACCCGUGGCUGGCGGAGAGCACCACAGGUCGGCGUAUUGACCGCACACGCACUACUAUGUAGUGGGUUAGCGUGGUGGUGCGGGCGCGCCGGCGUGGCUCCGGAGCGGAGACUACCUCGAGCUUGCUGGCUGGCCCUGGCUGGCGGUGGUGUCGCCCUGGCCGCCACGCUGCCAGCCUGGAACACCGGGGCAGCGGCUGAAGGCGCCGCUCACGUGGUGUGGGCAGUGUUCGCCGCAUACGCGCUCCUACCAGUCGGGGCGCCCGUCGCUGCGGCCUUUGGCAUCAUCCUUCCUACCGCGCACACCAUCGCAUCAGCACUCGUCGCUAAUCGUUUCCCGUAUCACGUUUGGCAGCAGAUGGUGGGCAACGUAGUGGUGUUUGUGUGCGUGAACGUGGUGGGAGCCUUGAUGCACUCGCUGAUGGAGACGGCGCAGCGCCGCGCUUUCCUCGACACCAGAAACUGCAUCGCGGCCCGACUGGAUAUGGAAGACGAGAACGAGAAACUGGAACGAUUGCUUCUGUCGGUGCUACCACAACACGUUGCCAUGGAAAUGAAGAACGAUAUCAUCUCACCAGUCGAGGGCCAAUUCCAUAAGAUCUACAUACAAAAGCACGAACAAGUCAGCAUCCUGUUCGCCGACAUCGUGGGCUUCACGGUGCUCGCAUCGCAGUGCAGCGCUCAGGAGCUGGUGCGGCUACUCAACGAACUCUUCGGCCGAUUCGAUCAGCUCGCCAAUGAUAACCACUGUCUCCGCAUCAAGAUCCUGGGUGACUGCUACUACUGCGUGUCCGGGCUGCCCGAGCCGCGGUCAGACCACGGCCGCUGCACCGUCGAGAUGGGGCUCGACAUGAUCGAUGCUAUAGCGUCUGUUGUGGAAGCGACGGAUGUCCAACUGAACAUGCGCGUGGGCAUCCACACAGGGCGGGUGCUAUGUGGUGUUCUGGGUCUUCGCAAGUGGCAGUACGAUGUAUGGUCCAAUGACGUCACGCUGGCGAAUAAUAUGGAGGCUGGCGGCGAACCAGGGCGUGUGCACAUAACGCAAGCGACGCUCGAGUGCCUCGGUGGCGCUUACGAAGUGGAGCCGGGUCACGGCGGCAGUCGGAACGCGUACCUUCGGGACCAUUCCGUGCAGACUUACUUCAUCAUUCCGCCGCCAAGACGGAGAAAAAUGUGUCUAUCAGCUGGCGUGGGCCUUGGCUCAGCGUCUCGUCGGAAGCUCUCUUUCAAGAACGUGUCGAACGUGGUGGUGCAGCUGCUGCACUCUAUCAAGUUCAACGUGGACGUGCCCUUCUCCAACAUGGCCGCCUCCCCUCAGGAGCUCAAGGCCAACGCCGCUAGGAAGGUGCUGGACCUGCGGCGCGCGCUGCACGCGGAGCCGGGCUCGGCCGAGGCGCUGCGGCUGGCGGCGCUGCGGGCCGAAGACGUGAGAGUCGCCAUGCGCGCCCCCCCCGCCGCCUCCGCCCCCCACCACCACACGUUCGACGCCGUCAUGCAGCACCACGCCCUCCGCACGCACGCCGUCGACGACACCCCCGCACAUAUAUUCCGACCCUGGACAUUAGUUCCACAACAAAUACCCGCUGAAACAAACAAAGUGACGGAGAAGUUUAAGCGUCCGUUGAAAAAGCGCCACUCGUCUGUGUACCACCAGCCCACGAACCGCGUGAACAAAUACCUGGCGCAGGCCAUAGACGCGCGCUCCGUGCACCGCGAGAAGGCCACGCACGUGCAUCUACUCACGCUCUGCUUCAAGGAUGCUGAUAAGGAAGCUCAGUACCGAGCAUCAACAGACGGCGGUUGGGCGGGAUCCCUAUCCGCUGCUCUCUGUGCCUUAGUAGCCGCCGGGGCCUUACAAGCGUCCAUCCUACCACAAACCUACAUACUCCUCAUACUGUUCGUGACGGCCUUCGCGUGGUCUGCUGCAGUGCUGGCGCUGACUUUAGCGGCAAGGCUCAGGCUUAUACCCUGCGAUGUGUCCCGGCCUUUUACACUGAGGAAUGCUAUUACAACCUUUACUAUUGUGCUGGGGUAUGCUGUUGGACAGGUUAAUGUGGUAACAUGCGAGCACAUAGAACUAUGUAGAAACCUAACUGGCAACACCACAACCAUGGACGAAGUGCUUACAAUGCGAGGCGACGUUGCCGCUCAUCUCUGGUCCAGCCACACGGAACAUUUAGCGUGCCCCGUCCCACUAUAUAUAACCCUAGGCUGUUGCCUCAGUAUGCUGGUUGUAGCAGUCUUCUUGAGGCUACCGAUAUUGGUGAAGGGUAUACUUCUGUCUGUGAUGACGGCUGGGUAUAUGGGAGUCAUAUUGGGCUUCCAUAAGGCCCUGUUCGACUGUUAUGAUUUGAUGGUUGAUCCAGGGUCAGUGGGUUCAGCAUACGUGGCAAGCGCAUGGACCGUGGCAUUAGCUCUAGCAGUAUUACUACAUGCUCGUCAGACGGAGUGGACGGCACGACUCGACUUCUUGUGGCAAGCCCAGGCCAGGGACGAGAAGAGGGAUAUGGAUGCUUUGCAGGCGUCAAACCGAAGGAUUCUGUUCAACCUAUUACCAGCGCAUGUGGCAACACACUUCUUGGACAACCAGUUUAGAACGAACAUGGACCUAUACCACCAGUCGUACCAGCGCGUGGGAGUGGUGUUCGCGUCCAUCACCAACUACCACGAGUUCUACAUGGAGCUGGACGGCAAUAACCAGGGCAUGGAGUGUCUGCGGCUGCUCAAUGAGAUCAUCGCUGAUUUUGAUGAGCUCCUGGGAGAAGAUCGUUUCGGUGCGAUAGACAAGAUCAAGACAGUUGGUUCAACCUACAUGGCCGCAGUGGGCCUCAUCCCCGACAGGAAGAUGACGGACGAGCCCAGCACGCGCAAGCACAUGGCCACGCUCGUCGAGUUCGUGUUCGCCAUGAGGGACAAGCUCAAGGAUAUCAACGAUAACUCCUAUAAUAACUUCAUGCUGCGAGUCGGUAUAAACGUCGGUCCCGUAGUAGCUGGUGUCAUAGGAGCAAGAAAACCACAAUACGAUAUCUGGGGUAACACGGUCAAUGUCGCAUCUCGCAUGGAUUCCACUGGGCUACCGAAUCACACGCAAGUCACCGAAGAGGUGUACCAAGUUCUGAAAGAUAUGGCAUACCAGUUCGUGUGCAGGGGGAAAGUCAAAGUUAAGGGUAAAGGUGAGAUGACCACUUACUUCCUCACGGACAGAGCACCAGCUAACGGGACAUUGCAGAGCACGUCGAACGGUCCCACGCCCAACCCGCCCACCGCGUACGGCGGGGUUGCCACUCCACUCGCCAUGCUACAGAACUCUGCCAGGCGAGCCGCCGCACAGCCUUCACGAUUGCCUCCCUUGAGGGAGUCGUCAGUCGCGGGAGAAAACGAACCGCUGCUACCGACUAAUGGGCAUCAGAGCAACGGGAACAAUAAGGGCAGUAAGGGUCGGCGCACCACGUCGGGGUCGAGCAGUCCGCCCGCGCCGCCGCCGCACGCGGGCGUGGCGCGCUGGCCGCCGCCGCGCGCGCUGGUGGCGCCGUGGCCGCGGCCGGCCGAGCCGCGCCCCGCCGCGCCGCACAAGCGCCGCGCCGCGCGCCUGCCGCGCCCGCGCUCGUCGGAGAGCCUGCCGCUGGCGCGCUCGCCGCGCGUGCACUCCUCCGCCGACGAGCUCAGCUCGCUCACGCGCUCGCCCAGCCUCAGCUCCUCCGACGAGAGCUACUCGCGCACCACCGACGCCUCGCCCUCCCCGCCCCGCGCGCACCACUACCCCGCGCGGCCCAGCCCCGCCUACGACUACCCGCCGCUGCGCCCCGCCAAGCCCACGCUCAACCACAUCAACGACCUCUACGCCAAACAUAAUAAGAUCACCAAAAAACCUUCCCUCGAAGACAAAUUUCUGGAUGGAAGUGUGGACUUUCAAAAGGAAGAAGAAAAGCUACAGAGGAGUAUUAUAAACAUGCUUCAAGCGUCCGCCGCUAAGCGCGAUGGCUGCUGCCAAACAGAUAAGAAGGACGUAGCGAGUCGACUCGGACAGCGGGCUGAUUCAUUUUCGAGUUCAGGCGGCCGACCCACGAACUUGAAACAUCUGAAUCACGAUACUCGUGAACCGUUUGCCAAGCGCAGUCCGUCCGACGUGGCCUGCGUGCCACCCUUCGAACGAGAGAUUCAAAGGUUACUCGAUGAUAAGAAUCUCAUUAAAAUCAAUCCACCGAAAUCCGAGAGGAAGGAGCUGAAACUCGAACUUAGGGCCACGAACCCGUCUCUGGAGCCGCUGCGCAACAACAACAACAACAACAGCAGCCCGCUGCACGCGGUGGGGCUGGCCGCCAUCGCGCAGGUGGCGCGUGACGCCGCCAGCCCCGCGCGGCCGCAGGACUUCCCCGGCGUGUUGCCCACCGACGUCGUCGUGCAGCUGCCCUCGCCCUCGCACACUCCGCACCGACACAGUCCGCCGUGUGAAAGGAAACCGGAUCCGAUUGCUAUCCGGGAAAAAGAGAGAGAGAAAGAAGCCCAGGAGAGACUACAUCACCGGGUGGCCGCUUCUCAUCAUAGAGAAAUGGGUAUCUACGGGGAGAGUCAGUCUGAGUGGAGCUCGUCGUGUUCGGAGGGCGAGGGCGAGGGCGAGGGCGGGCAGCCGGAGAGCACGGGCUACACGACGGACGACCCGGCGCUGGAGAACGUGUCCAUGCUGAACGAGGCCGGGCUCACGGACGCCGAGGCGGCGCUGAGCGACGUGAACUCGUGCUACUUCGACCGCGACGACAUGUCGUCCCGCGCCUCGUCGCGCCUGCUGGACUCGGAGGCGCUGGUGUCGCUGGAGUCGCUCAGCGCCAUCUACGACUCGGACGAGCCGCACCGCUACCUCGCCAACAUCCGCACCGUCAGCGAGUCCAUCACGCGCAACUUCGGCCAGCCCGCGCACGUCACCGACGCCGAGAGUGAUGUCUAAUACUGUGAUAUGUCGUGAUAACCUGCGAUUUGGUUCCGACUGUGUUUCGUGUACGUUUCGACUGUUUCUCUCGUGUACUGCCUUUAGGUCAAUUGUGAUAGCUAAAUCUCAAAUUAUUGAACUCUCAUGACAGAGACUCUUGACGUUUUCGAUUACGAACAUUUAACGGAGGAACAGUUUGGCUCUCUACUGCAAAGAAAUGAAUACUCAAAACGUUUUUGUUCCCCGCUGUUUGUUUCGGUAAUAAGACGAUUGGUGAGCGUAUAGACGAAGCGCAUAGUUUUUCGCGUACGCGGACAUAAUUAUUUUAUCGUAAUUGCUGACGUGCCUGUACUUUGAUGAUUUUGUACUAUGUAAAUUGUGUCAAUAUGUACCUAUUAAUGUUACACUGUAUGAUAUUCAUGUACAGCUGAAUGUGCCAUGUGAUGGCGUGAUGCAUCAUCUGUAGGAGUGUGCGAUGAUCUCUACAAUUAUAAGGUGCUCUGACUUAGAAUUAUUUAUGGUUUGUCUUGUGAUAACGGUAUAGGAAUUCGAAUUUGAGCGACCAAUCUCUGUUAAUGUCAGUGUUCUAGAGUAAGGGCUGGCCCCUGUCCUGUAAAGUCUAGUUUGUCUCCCGGUUUUGUGAGACGGAGGACUUAGUGUUGACAACUAUACGUAAGUACGUAAGUAUAUUGCAUUUCAAACUAUCUAUAGAGUAAACAUUGUUACCACUGCUGGAUGAUUAUGCUUUGUAGUAUUCUGUUUAUCUGCGUUAUGUAUCUUUUAUAAUAUAAUUAUGUAUGUAUCUCGAAUUUUGCAAAGUCCUGUCAAUUUUCAUAAACAUUUUCUACAAAUAGUGGCCCUUUUGACAUUUCGGUAAUCUAGUCACUAAUGCUUUUCAAAAGUUUGGUCGUUUCUUUGAAUGUAGUGCCAUUAUCAGACCGCGUUGUUUUUCUCUUAUGUACUUUAUUGAUGAGAUGUCGUUUACGAGUGGAGGAGAGGUAAUAUCAUGUAGUUUUAAGUAAACAGCCGUGAGACUUGAAAGUACAACCAAUAUAACACCACUAGUGAAUAUUUGUUGUAGAAUAUUCUCUGUAUUAUGUAAUAAAUAUCAAUUAUUUUUAUUAUUUAAUUGUAAUAUAAGUUCGUGUCAAUUUCAUGUAAUUAUUGUUUAAGAUGAAAACAUGUUAAUAAUAAAAGAAAAAAACUAAUUUGGGGCAAAAUAGCUCCCCUGGCUGUAAGUACAUAACUGUUAUGCGUCGCAACGUUACUUGAUUUAACAUGUACUUAACAAUUAAUUUGGAAGCCGAUCCCAGCUUUAUUGAUAAUAUUAUUAUGUAUUAUUUUUGGGCAGCUUUAUUUUGUACUGAACUGAUUAUAUCAGUCCUAAUUAAUCUUCCUGUGUUUUUAAUUUUUAUAAUGAAUAUUUGAGAUAUGUACUUACAAAUUACAAAAAAAAAGAGUUUUCUGUAUAAAUGUUUCAUUAAUACGGCUCGUGCUUCUAUUGUAGUAUUAUUACAUCACAAUUUGAACUUAUUUUUCGGCUGCUAAAAGUGAGUUGAGAGAUGUUAAUGUCUGAGAACUGUAAAUAGGACGAGCACGGUGCAGUGCUCCAGUGAGAUCUAGAGAUUGUUAAUCUUUGUAAAUAUUGUUAAUCACCUGUCAAGUGCUAUUCCACUUACAAUACAUACCUAAGUAUACCACGCUGUGAACAUAUAUUAUUUUUUGAAGGAAUUCUCUUGUUUGCUAUUUUUAUUCUCAGUAUUUCGAUUAGUGUUUUUCAAGUUGAUGUAUGUACACAUAGUGCCAAACUAUUUUUAUGUGUAUGCUUGUAAACAAAACGACUUAUAAGUUUGACGCUUGGAUACUAUUGUUUUUAUAUAUAAAAGUUUGUACUUCAUUUCGAUUUGAAUUCAAAUAAAAUCGAUUCAAAUAAUUGACAAAGAGAUCUGACGUCUAGUGAACCUUGGUAGGCAAGUAGUUGAAGAAUAUUUUGAAUGUUUUUAAUAUACUCAUUGAAGAAUUACUGCAUCUUUAUUAUAGUAAUUCAAUGUAUCGGACAGUCACAUUAUAUAUGAUUAAAUUCUUAGAAAACAAGUCAUUUUCGAUUUUUUGCUGCAGUAUUCACAUUAACGCUGUUUACAAAACUGACACACACAACCAUGACCUGAGCACAAACUAUAACAAAAACUUUUGUUUUUAAGCUUUAAUGUGAAUAAGUAACAGCUUGGAUACAAAUUACCUACAUGUUAUUAUCUCAUAGAAAUUAUAUUGUCAUGUAUAAUUUGUGUAGGGUACUUGAAUUGCGCCUUAUGUAGCAAGUGUAUUGUGUAUUUUUAUUUAUUUAAAUUCAAUUACCUAAGCAAUAUUAAUUACUUAUUACAAAUUAAAAGUGGUUUACAUCA